GGCAAUUCCUCGUACGACCAGAGGAUCGGAAAUAUCAAAGGAUAUUAUGGCGCAGCGCGAGUGGAGAAACAGAAACAUAUGAGCUUAACACCGUAAUACUCUUAUCAUAGAAAUAGAAGCAGUCCUCAAUUCCCGCCCGCUAACUCCUAUCUCCACCGAUCCAAAUGAUCUCCUAGCCCUCACUCCCGGACAUUUCCUCAUUGGCGAUUCAUUAAUGUGCUUACGUGAUCGAGAUUUCAGAGACAUUCCAUCGAACCGACUCUCCAAAUGGCAGCAUAUCCAACAGCUUAAACAACAUUUUUGGAACCGCUGGCAUAAGGAGUAUUUGAACGAGCUAACCAACCGCAAUAAAUGGAGCAAGGGUGGACACAGCAUCCAAAAGGGCACAAUCGUCAUCCUCAGAGAGGACAACGUUCCCUCCAUGCAUUGGCCUCUGGGCCGAGUUAUCAAGGUUCAACCAGGCGCCGAUGGUGUCAUCCGGACAGCUACAGUUCAGACGGCAAAGAGCAUUUUGGAUCGGGGCGUCAAAAGGCUUGUCCCACUGCCAAUUCAACCCGAUCUCGAGAAACCCGAACAACUAGCCACCGAGACGAAAUAAGAUGGGAACUUCAACCACACCUCGCUAGUUUGAUCGGUACCCUCUCAACGGGGGGAGAAUGUUACGCCAUGCGGCUUACAAUAGGUCAUAUUCUUAACUAUCGAUCGCGGCACUAUAAUGUCGCAGACGGAUCGUCGCGUCUGCCCGGCAAACAAACAUUGUAGUGGCAAGCGCAUGGUUCAUUAAGCAGGGCGACUUCCAGAAACGUCGACUCGUGGCCCGUAUUUUACCUCGCAGUAAAAGAAUGUGGCGUGAUCCGAACGUAGUGGGGGUCGCCUUCCAGAAAAAACGAAAAAAAUCGAAAGGCGUUCAGAACUUUUCGAGAAGUCGAACCGUCAACACAUGUGGCGCUUGGCCAUGGAUCGUUGCAUUAGGUUUUCGUAAUCCCCGAAACCCAGACAAACCACUAUGGAAGUGCGGAGGUUCCCUGAUAUCGGCUAGGCAUGUUUUGACCGCAGCACAUUGUGCACAUAUGGAUGGAAUAGAAAACAUACACAAUCAUAAUAUUGUCAUUCUUAGAUUGGUGGAGGAGGUGCCAUUUUCGAGGUACGUAUAUCCCAUUUGUACGAAAGAGCCCCUACGAAAGAGCAACUUCGUCGGCUAUAACCCCCUUGUUGCUGGAUGGGGAGCAUUAAGAUAUAGACGACCACGACGUAAUGCAUUAAUGGAAGUACAAAUGCCAGUGAUUAAGAACGCCGAAUGCAAAAUAGCUUAUUCCAAAUUUCCUAAUGCACCUGAUAUCACUGAUGGUAUAAUAUGCGCCGAACAUGCUCAGGGUGGAGAGGAUUCUUGUACGGCUGACCGCGGCGGACCACUGCUGAUACAACAUGAAUUAACCUCGUAUUUAAUAGGUAUUGUGUCUUAUGCUUAUAAGUGCGGCACAGCUGGGUAUCCCAGCGUUUACACUAGGGUCACAUCGUACCUUGACUUCAUUCUCCAAGCGAUGCAAUAAUAUGAUAUUACUGUUCCAUAAAUAUCAUUGUGUAAAAAACGUAAAGUUGGAUUUUCUUAUUGUGGAGAUAAGAAACAGCUCAAAUUUACAUUGUUUUGUACGUUACAAAUUAUAGGCUUAAAAUGUACGAAAUGUAACUUUGAAACGACACUAAUUUUUUACGCACGAUAAACCUCCACGACUUAGGAAAACAGUGCAGGAUGCUGUGAUUCGUUUCUUGUGGUCGGAGGUUAUGUUUGAUGCCUAUAUUUAUCAAAGAUUUAAUGCACAUUAUGGAGAAAGUGUUUUGUCACGAAGUGUGUUUGAAUGGGCACAAAAGUUCAAAGAAGAUCGCACGAGUGUUAUGAAAAAACAGCUGGACGCCCGUCCACAUCCACGAUGACAACAUUGAACGUGCUCAUGAACUUAUGCUCUAUGGAAUAGACGAGUGACACUGGAUAAUGUGGCAAAUCAUUUGCAAAUCAGCCACGGCUCUGCUUAUGCAAUAGUGCACGACAGAUUUGGAUUUUAAAAAGUUUGUGCGAGAUGGAUGCCGAAAAAGCUGAUGAAAAGGUGAAGACGACGAUGCAUUCGUGGUUCGCAGCUCAGCCCAAAACAUUUUUUAAUGAGAAAAUACAAAGGUCCUUCGGCAAAUGGACAAAGUGUAUACAGAAAUCGAGUGAUUAUGUCAAAAAAUGAUGUAUGUCUUUUUUGACAAUUGCUUAAAAUAAAUUCUACACCGACAGAG